GGGCUUCCCCUUGUCUAUAAAUACAUCCGCCUAUCCUCCGACCCUUUGAUUCCUCUCCCACCGUUAAGAGCUGUCGUUUCUGCCGCUGAUCCCAUCGAAGGACGAGAACAUUGAAGUUUCUUUUAUGUCUGAGCAAGUCCGUCUCUAUUUGGGAUCAAUCGGAUUGCUUGGAGAAUAUUCUCCGACCACAAGAAAUAGGGAGAGGCUCUCUUGGGGGAGUUUUAGCUGCAUGCAUUACAGGCCACAUCAGCAUCUGACACCAACUCUGGGUUGCUACUUUAAGCAACCUCUUUUAAUCGCCGAGGAUCAGUUCAUUGUUUCCAUAGGAAAGGAUAACACUGUUGCUUCUUGUCCUUGUUGUCUUUGAUAAGUGUUAACGUCUGUUAUACCAAAGAAUCAGUUGACAAAGAUGGCUUUGCAGAACAUUGGUGCCUCAAACAGUGAUGAUGCCUUUUAUAGGUACAAGAUGCCUAAGAUGAUAACCAAAAUUGAAGGCCGUGGCAAUGGCAUCAAGACUAACAUUGUGAACAUGGUUGAUAUUGCUAAAGCACUGGCUAGACCUGCUUCUUAUACGACGAAAUAUUUUGGAUGUGAGUUGGGGGCACAAUCUAAAUUCGAUGAGAAGACAGGUGUGUCCUUGGUCAAUGGGGCUCAUGAUACUGCCAAGCUAGCCGGACUGCUUGAGAAUUUCAUCAAGAAGUAUGUACAAUGUUAUGGGUGUGGCAAUCCUGAGACAGAGAUCAUCAUCACAAAGACCCAGAUGCUAACACUUAAAUGUGCAGCCUGUGGUUAUGUGUCUGAUGUUGAUAUGAGGGACAAGCUGACGACCUUCAUCCUGAAGAACCCUCCUGAGCAGAAGAAAGGAGCAAAGGACAAGAAGGCAAUGAGAAGGGCAGAGAAGGAGAGGCUGAAGGAAGGGGAAGCAGCUGAUGAGGAGCAGAAGAAGCUGAAGAAGGAAACAAAGAAGAAAGGAGCCACCUCUACCAAGGAUGGAGCCUCAAAGGCUACCACUACUGCUGCAAAGAAGAAAGCUGGUGGUGGCUCUGAUGAGGAGCGUUCAACUUCUCCUGUCGGCAGUCAGAAUGGUGAUGCUAAUGCUGAUAAUGGUGAUGACGAUGUCCAGUGGCAGACAGAUACUUCAUUGGAGGCGGCUCAACAGCGUAUCCAGGAACAGCUGAGUUCUGUGACUGCUGAGAUGGUAAUGCUCUCGACCAAUGAGCCUGACCAGGAGAAGAAAUCAGAAAAGGCAAACAAAGAACUCACCAAUGGCAGUGCAAAACAAGUGGAUAAAAAUGGUGCAGGCCAAAAUGGUUCUCCGGCCAACAGUUACAACAAGUUGCUUGUAGAAAUUAAAAGCAACCUGAGCAAGCGGUCUAACCCCACCCAGCUUCAGACUUGUUUGGGUUCUCUCACUGGGUCUCCCCAGGAGGUUAUGACUGCCCUCUUCGAAGCCCUCUUUGAGGGGGUGGGUAAAGGCUUUUCCAAGGAGGUUGGGAAGAAAAAGAAUUUUCUUGCUGCUGCUGUGAAAGGUGAAGACUCGCAGAUGCUUCUUCUCCACGCCGUGGAAGCCUUUUGUGCUAAGUGCAGUCCGGAUGCUGUUAAGGAAGUCGCUCUUGUUCUGAAGGUACUUUAUGACGGGGAUCUUAUGGAGGAAGAGACCAUAAUCAAGUGGUAUGAGAAAGGUAGUGUAGGUGGCAAGAGCUCUCAAGUAUUCAAAAAUGUGAAGCCCUUCGUCGAGUGGCUUCAGAGUGCCGAGUCUGAAUCCGAGGAAGAGUGAUGCUGUGUGUUUCUCGUUUGUGUUUUGCAGUGUCGCAGCUCAUAAUAAGCUUGCAGGAGUCUGAAUUCUCAGUUCUGUGUGGUUUGUCUACGUAUCCUGGUCUGUUCUCGUCAGUGUCAGUGUCAGUGUCUAUGUGAUGGUCAUUCGUCCGUGUGAACCUUGUUGAUCUAAACUCGGGUAACAUUUGGUCCAUAUAUUUCGGUGGUUGCCUAAUUAAUUGGUGAUGUUCUUGUUUU